AUGGUCUGCAGAAAGCAUGUUAUGAAUCAGGAAUUCUGUCACUCUACAACAGUUACUGUGGCGGCCAUUAUUCCAGGGAAUCUAGUGACUUUGAACUCCAAUAAUUCAAUAGGAAUGUACACGUACAAUGGAACACAAUAUUACUUAAGACAUGAUCCGAAAGCAGAAUCAUCACCUUGGGAAAUAAUCAUGGUCCUUCUGAUUACUAUCAUUAUGUUUGUUGGCAAUCUGACUGUUAUACUGGUGUUUAUAAUCUACAAAGAGCUGAGAUCCCGCCAGACUAACUAUCUCAUCUUGAAUUUAGCAGUGACCGACUGGUUAUUAAGCAUUCUAGUCAUGCCAUUCCAUGUCACAGAAAUGAUAACAGGGAACGGCUGGUAUUUUGGUUACAUAUGGUGCGUCAUCUGGCUGAGUUUGGAGAAUUGGUUGAACUUUGCAUCAAUAUUGAGUCUAAUAGUCAUCAGUCUGGACAGGUAUAUAUACAUACAGCAUCCCUACCAAUACAUCCAUUAUAUAACAUUCAGAACUAUUUUAAUAGAGAUUGUACUGGUGUGGUUAUUGUCACUGGCAUGUGUGUUUAUCCCCGGUGUAUCAGGGUCAACAAGUGUGGAUGAGUUCAUAAUGUUAAGUCAACAUAAUAUCUGUGAGCCUUUGUGGGAAGAAUGGUGGACAAUAAUUUCAUUUAUUCUUGGCUUUGUUAUACCAUUCAUAGUUCUUUCUUACACCAACAUUAGAAUAACAUGUACAGUGAAGAAGCAGUCACGUCAGAUUUGUGCCCAGAUGCAAGGAAAUGCUGUUUAUCGAGCAAAUAUAAGAAAGUCUCAAUUUAAAUCUAUCAAGACUACUGUCAUAUUAGUUGUACUAUUCUGUGUGAUGUGGUUGCCAUAUUAUAUUACCACUCUGUUAUACUCACUGGAAUACAACUCUGAAAUAGUUGCGGAACUGUAUUAUUAUUUUAGUAUACUGACGUAUUGUAACUCUGCAAUCAAUCCGUUUAUGUAUGCCCACAACAAGGACUUUCGGAAGGCAUACAACAAGUUUAUGAUGUGUAAGUUUAAAAACUAA